AUGACAGUAGAUCCCCAACAAUGGCUCGAUACAAUACUAUCUGGAAACUAUCUCGCUGAAUCUCAAAUCAAGAUCUUGUGCGACGUAGUACUGGGUUUGCUAAUAGAGGAGUCAAACAUACAACCAGUCUCCAGUCCUGUCACUGUCUGUGGAGAUAUACAUGGUCAAUUUUGGGAUUUACUUGAGCUUUUGCGGGUCGGCGGUGAUUGCAGGGAUACCAACUAUAUCUUCAUGGGCGACUUCGUUGACAGAGGUCAUCAAAGCCUGGAAAGUUUCACCCUCUUGAUGGCGUUGAAAGCGAGGUACCCAGAUAGAAUAACCCUUUUGCGCGGUAAUCAUGAAUCUAGGCAAAUCACACAAGUAUAUGGAUUCUAUGACGAGUGUCAACAGAAAUAUGGAAACGCCAGCGUCUGGAAAGCAUGUUGUCAAGUAUUUGACUAUCUCAAUUUAGCUGCUAUCAUUGAUGGUAGGAUACUCUGUGUUCAUGGUGGUUUGUCGCCAGACGUGCGGACAUUAGAUCAAAUCAGAGUGAUCGCAAGAGCGCAAGAAAUACCCCAUGAUGGGCCUUUCUGUGAUCUCAUGUGGUCAGAUCCUGAUGAUGUUGAGCAUUGGAGUAUUAGUCCCAGAGGGGCUGGUUGGCUGUUUGGUAAUAAGGUUACGAAAGAGUUUAAUCACAUAAACGGACUGGAUAUGAUUGCGCGCGCUCAUCAACUUAUCCAAGAGGGAUACAAAUUUAUGUUUCCUGACAACGAUUUAGUGACCGUGUGGUCGGCGCCAAACUACUGUUAUAGAUGCGGGAACGUUGCAAGUGUUCUCAAAGUAAAAGAGAAUGAGCCUGUCACAGAGAACAACUUCGCGAUUUUCGAUGCUGGUUUGUUUUUACUUGUUCCUUUAUCAUCUGUUGAGUAUCUUCACAGUGGCAGAUCAGGAUAG